UAGAGAAAAACUGUUGGCACACCUCUCCGGGCACUACUGCUCCCUCAGGAGUCUGGUCAACAUUUUGUCUUUAUUACUACAACAUAGGCUUUAUUACUAAUUUCAAAAUACUCAGUUCACCCGAAUACUUAGUGGCCAUAUAUCACCACUAGAAAAGAGAUCUCUAGCUUCCCCGGCCAGUGGGGAUAAGAGUCCUUUACCUGAAGUCACCUUGUAUGAGGGUUUGAAAUAUAAUGUCAAAAAAAAAAAAAGGAAGAGAAAGAUAAUGUCAAAACCGCAGGCGGGGCUGUGGAUUUCCAAAUUCCUAUAUAUUUGUCUUAACUAAAUGUCACACACCUUUCUAGGAAUGGAGGAUACAACUCAGAGCAGAGUGCACCCGCUUACAGUGAAAAGAAAAACUUCCAAGUAAAUACAUUAUUUCAAUGUGUAACAGUUACAGAAGCACCUACAGACAUUUAGAGACGUCGUGGAAGGAAGAUGACUGGAGAGAGAAAGAAGUUGAGAAUGAUUGCAUGUACCUACACCCACGUAAAAACAGUUCUCUGCCCCACUGCAGCUUUAAGUAUCUACCCAUUUUUAACAUGGCGGAGGCCGAGCCUGCGCAGGACGAACAAGGAAGGUCGAUUCCAGUUUCUGGCAUAACGUUACAUGCCCUUCUUCCGGUGCAGAAGGCUAUACCAUUCCCUAGUCACCAUUACUUUAAGUACUGCAAAAUCUCAGCAUUGGCUCUACUGAAAAUGGUGAUGCAUGCCAGAUCAGGAGGCAACCUGGAAGUGAUGGGCUUGAUGCUGGGAAAGGUGGACGGUGAGACCAUGAUCAUCAUGGACAGCUUUGCUUUGCCUGUCGAGGGCACUGAAACCCGAGUAAACGCUCAGGCCGCCGCGUAUGAGUACAUGGCUGCAUACAUAGAAAAUGCUAAACAGGUUGGCCGCCUUGAAAAUGCAAUUGGCUGGUAUCAUAGCCACCCUGGCUAUGGCUGCUGGCUUUCUGGAAUUGAUGUUAGUACUCAGAUGCUCAAUCAGCAGUUCCAGGAACCAUUUGUAGCAGUGGUAAUUGACCCAACAAGAACAAUAUCUGCAGGGAAAGUGAAUCUUGGAGCCUUCAGGACAUACCCAAAGGGCUACAAGCCUCCGGAUGAAGGACCUUCUGAGUACCAGACCAUCCCACUUAAUAAAAUAGAAGACUUUGGUGUACACUGCAAACAAUACUAUGCCUUAGAAGUCUCAUAUUUCAAAUCCUCUUUGGAUCGGAAAUUGCUUGAACUUUUGUGGAAUAAAUACUGGGUGAAUACGCUGAGUUCCUCUAGCUUGCUUACAAAUGCAGACUAUACCACCGGUCAGGUCUUUGAUUUGUCUGAAAAAUUAGAACAGUCAGAAGCCCAGCUGGGACGAGGAAGUUUCAUGUUGGGUUUAGAAACACAUGACCGAAAGUCAGAAGACAAACUUGCCAAAGCUACGCGAGACAGCUGUAAAACUACCAUAGAAGCUAUCCAUGGAUUGAUGUCUCAGGUUAUUAAGGAUAAACUGUUUAAUCAAAUUAACAUCUCUUAAACAAGCACCAAGUAGUACUUUUGCCUGAAAGCCAGUAUGAGGAAAAAUACUCAAGUAACACUUUAAAACCAGUUACCAAAAAUCUGAUUAGAAGAAUAAGGUGCUCUGAAGGUGUCCUGAAUAUUAACAUCCUAUAAUAAAAUUCUUUAAAAUGAAA